AGCAUUCGCGUCUCAAAGACGGUGGAUGCGCCAUGGGUGAAGCAUCCAAGGCGGCGUUGCAGUCGGUGUGUAGCUAUGUGAACAAGGUCACCAAUGAGGUCCGUGGCCGCUUGGAGGCGGGGAAAGUGCCCUCGCCCGAGCAGCUCUCGAACUAUGUGAAGCAGGUGGUGGACCAGCUGCAGAAGCUCAUUAAGGGCGCACCGCGCAACAUCCAGGAUAAGAUGGCGGAACCUUGGGAGGGCUUCUACGACUUCUGGCGGAAUAGCUCUCAGAGGCCACUGACCGCGCAGAGCUUCCUGGGAAUCCUCGAAGACUUGGAGGACGCCUUUCCGAUGCCCGCGAACGGAGGCGGUGACGAGGCACCUGCACCGCGCACAGCAGCGCCAGCGCCCCAAGCCAAGGGAAAAGGCGCUGCGGCACCGGCGGGAAAAGGUGCGCCUGCGGCCGCACCUACGGUAGCAGCCUCAAGCAAAGGCACUGCAACGGGCAAAGGCGCCGCAGCCGCGGGCAAAGGGAAAGCGGAGCCGGAGCGCAUGGAGCGUCCAGCUCGUCCUGCAGCGCCCGCAGCACCCCAGGCGCCCCAGGCUUCUCAGCACCUCUUCGAGAAGAAGAAACACGCGGGAGGUGACGACGGCGCAGGGAUGCGCGCGGAUGCUGUGUCCUUCGUGCCGAACAAGGGUGUCAGCGAGACACCCGAGGCGCUGCCCAAGAGUCGGCGGGCUUCGGCGCCGGAGAUGAGCGAAGCCUCGAAGCGGAUGCCGACCUACGAGAAGAAGGAUUGGAUUAUUGCUGGCAUCCGACACAACACCGUGAGCAUCAUCAGUGGCGACACGGGCUGCGGGAAGUCCACGCUCAUCCCACAGCUGGUCUGUGAUGCAGAGAAUCUGGUGCCCGAUGACAAGGUGGUCGUGUGCACCCAGCCGCGACGUGUGGCGGCCAUCACCUUGGCCGAGUACGUCGCCCGCGACCGCGGACAGGAACUGGGAGAUGAGGUGGGAUAUCAGAUCCGCUUCAUCAACAAGUUCUGCGAGUCGACCCGCUUGAUCUACGCCACCACGGCGAUCGUGCUGCGGCGCUUGCACAGCGAACCGACCUUGGACAGCAUCGGCUGCCUGAUCAUCGACGAAGUACACGAGCGAGAUGUGUACACGGACUUUUUGCUGCUGCUCUUGAAGGAAGCCAUGCUGAAUGGUCGAAUGCCGCACCUCAAGGUGGUGUUGAUGAGUGCCACCGUGAAGGCCGAGGACUUCGCCAACUACUUCGGCCAGGUCAACGGCCAAACGGCCCUGAAGCCGGUGAAGAUUCCUGGAAGGAUGUUCCCAGUGGAAGACUUCUACUUCGAGGACGCUUGUGAAUGGGUGGGCUUUUGUCCAGCGGACAAGGGUGCUGGCAAGGGCAAGGGGAAGAAGGGCCGUGAGGGCCGCGAUGAAGGCUCGGUGGAAGAUAAGGUGGAGGCUGUUUACCAAGCCAUCCUGAAAGUGGACAUCCCACAAGUCAGGCCGAGCAACGUCCGGUGCAGCGACUAUUCCGACAAAGCCUUGCGAGCGUGCGCUCUGUGGCGAGAAUGCGAGGUCUAUGUGGAUUUGGUGGAGGACUUGGUGCACUACUUCCACAAGACGGAGCCCAAAGGUGAUGGUGCCAUCCUGAUCUUCCUGCCAGGUUGGGGUGAUAUCACCAAGACCUACAUCCGCCUGUAUCAGUCAGGUGAGAAUUACAAGCUCAUCACGUUGCACUCCUUGAUGACGCCCGAGCAGCAGCACGAGGCCUUCGAACGACCGCCCAAAGGGACCCGCAAGGUUGUGCUCUCCACGAACAUCGCGGAAGCCUCGGUGACCAUCGACGAUGUGGUCUACGUCAUCGACACCGGUGUGCGCAAGGAGAGAAGCUACGACGCAGGGACGGGGAUUUCCAGCCUGGACGCCAAGAUGGUGACGAAGGCCAACGCCAUCCAACGGCGGGGCCGAGCGGGCCGAUGUCAAGAGGGCCUGGUGGUGCAUCUCUUUCCCAGCUUUAAGUUCAAAGACUUCGAGCAGUUCCCCAUUCCUCAGAUGCUGUCCUCCUCCAUGGAGGAAGUCGUCCUGCAAUCCAAGGUGAUCCAUGGCGGGAGCAACUCCGAGAUCUCCUCGAUGCUGACGAAUUCCAUGGCCGCACCGCAGCCCAAGGCCGUCGAUGCCGCGGUGAAGCUGUUGAAGGACAUGAGUUGCCUCACACGCUCGGGUGAUUUGACCGUCUUAGGUAGAGCCGUGGCUGCAAUUCCAGUGCAACCAAAUGUGGCGAAGUUUCUCCUGAUCGCUGCAGCUUUCAGAUGUAUCAAGCCAGCAGCCUGUGUGGCCGCUUUCUUGAGCAUCAAGAGCCCCUUUCAGCAGUCGGUGAGCGAACAAGACAAAAACAAGGUCACCGGGAAGGACUACUUCAACAAGGGCUUCGCUUCAGACCACUUGACCAUGAUUCAGGCCUACGUCGAGUGGCGACGGGAGGCCUUGCGCGGCCGGGGCGACGACUUCUGCGACGAGCAGGGUCUGAGCCCUGAGACGCUGGACAUGGCCUUCAUGAUGGUCCAGCAGUUCGUCUCCUUCAUGGUCGAUGCCGGCUACGAUGGCUCGGACGUCACGGGGGAGGGCGACCUCGGCGAGGUGGACCCUGUGAGAAAAGCCUCCGACACGGAUGCCUUGCUGAAGGCUGCCAUGGUCGCAGGCUUUCAGCCCAACAUUUGCGUCCUCUACCGGGGCCAACGCUCACCGUAUUGGUACCUGGACAGCAACGAGGAGGUCUCGCCCUUCCGCGGUUCGGCGAACGCGGACUAUCAGAUGAGUGGCCAGGACGGGGAGGAGUGGAUGGUCUUCUCUGACUCCAUGAAGAUGGGAAGAUUUAACAGCAUCAUGGACUCCUCCUUGGUUUUCUCCCCCUUCGUCUUGCUCUUCGCCAACGCUGUGAUGAUUGACGAGAAGAAGGGUGAGAUCCGCUUCGACAAGUGGUACGCCUACAUUCAAGCCGGUCCCUGGAUCAAGGAGCUCCUCUUCUUAAGAUCCAAGGUGAUGCCGCAGUUCAAGGAAGCGAUCGAGUCGCGGGACUUGUCCUCGUUUCCCAUGGAGCUGGUGCAGCGGAUGACGGACUUCCUCAAGCAGCGACCGAUCCGACUGGAUAAGAUCGAGGCAGCGAAUCGCUCCAUCGAUGAGGAGGUCACAGGCCGAGCGAGUUCGGUUCAAGCCAUCCAUCGGCGGAAGACAAGAUGGGAUCACCGAAAUGACCAUGGUAAUCCAGCACCACCCAGUUUGGGUGGUUAUUAGGUGGAAAAUAGAUAGUAUACUAGGUUGUACUACCCGCGAGAAAUUUGCUGUAUGUGUGAAGCGAGUAGUAGUUUGCCAGAGUUUGAACAUAACGAGUAUGGUGCGGAUUUCCAACGAUUUGCAAGUGAAACCAACCCAUGCUUGUUUUCAAGGCAUCCUUUCGGCAUCCUUUCGGCUCCCACCAAGGCUCCGGUGGAGCCCCCUCCAUCGCUCCAGAGGAACGACCGAAAGCCCUGCAGCAUGGGUCCCGUGGUGUCUGGUCACGGCCGCGGCCACGUGGCGUCGCGUGGCGUGGUUCGUUCUCGCUUUGGGUCUGAAACACGACAUGGCCACUCCUGGCGACCUAAAUGGCUAUAAGAAUGACCUCCCUGGUAACUCCUCAGGCGGCCGAACGCUUCCAAAAGCGACCGAACGCUCCGCGGAACGCUCCGCCGAACGCAACGUCCGAACGCAACGUGGACGCGUCGCAAGCCGGCGUGACGCGUGACGCGUGACGGGUCAAUCGGGGCAGGUGCGGCGCGAAAGCACCUCUCCACCUUUGAGUGGCCAGAAGAUUUGGGAGAAGAUGAAGAAGAAGAAGACGAGCAGUGAGGGUUUGCCCUGCAUUUUGUCGACUCGAUCGUAGAGAAAUAGAAGAAGACUGAAGAGCUACUGCCAGACAGUC